AUGGACACCAAGUAUCGCAGUGAAAAGCCAGACACAAAAUUAAAGAUGGAUGUAGGUUGGGGCAGCCUACCCCUUCUUCCACUUGGGUGCGUGCUAGAUCACCUGAGCAUGGAGGAUGCCCUUGCUGCUUCAUCUACAUGCCGACAUUGGCGAAAUGCUAUUUUAGUGUUUGCAAGACAAAGAGACCUACUAAAAUUAGAAGUAAAAAACCUUGAGAAGAGUCUGUUUCUAACGCGUCUGUUUAAGAAAAACACAAGGAGGCUGCACAUAUACAUCGAUACAACUGGGCAAGAACUCGACACAUUCAUGAAAUGUAUUUUACCCCUAUUUUUCGAAACGAUGUCCUUAAACGAGCUGGCUUUCAUUGGGCCAAGUUAUGCAAGUAGGUAUUAUACGCCAACAGCGGAAUUGAAACGAAUAAUUGUAGAGAGCCUCAUCUUCAAACACCGCCAUAGCCUGCAGAGGCUGAUACUUUUGGGCUGCGAGAUGGCAACACCGAAGAACGACAACGAUCGAUUUGUCCACAAACACUUGGAGCAGUAUUCGCGGCCACCGCUGUCUUUCAGCACGGUGCCAUCUCUGGACGACACUAUCCUGACCAGACGGAAUGUAGAGCUGAUGAUGUUCUCCACGCUGCAGAACAUAGUUAUAGACUACGAGUACCUCAGUCCAGGGACCAUAGAUACGCUCACUCAACUGCCUCAUCUCUCUCUCCUCACCUUGAAUAUCGGACACAAGCAGGAGAUACCGCGUCUGGAAUGGCCGCCACAGUCUCUCAAAGUGGCCAUUAACAUUAUUUCAGUGCCUGCGCAUCGCUUCUACGAAAUCAUGAAGCAAGUCCUAGUGGAAGAUCUCCAGUUGGUCUCACUUAAAGUCAUGUUCUGUAAAACUUUUCACAUUCCGUUAUUGUCGUAUAUAUCCCGUUUAUACAAGAGGACCCUUCAAGAACUGGUCUGGGUCGAUGCGCCGGCUGACACCAACGCGCCUAGCCAUCGUAUCGUAGAACCUAAAUCGGAGGACAUGUGCGUCAAUCACAUCCUACUUUUAUGUUGGCAAUGUGUUCACCUAAGAAGAUUGGUUAUACAUGGUUACUGGCUGUGGCAAUACGACGUGGCAGGUAUGUUGCGCCUGCGCAGGUCGUUGGAGCACUUCGACGUGUCGGCUGUGUACGGCCGUCAGGACCAGUACGGCUUCUGCGGCAGCAACGUAAUGCGAGUCCUCGCUUCGGAUAACCUUGCUGUACUGGAUAACGAGUAUGUUAGGAAAAUAAACAAAGACAUCGAAUUCAAAUGGGUCCCAAGUGCGUACGCCGAGCUACCCCGUGCUCUCAAACGCGGCGCUUCGCCUAAGGAUCGCGCAGACUAUAUUGCGUACGAGAUGACUAAGUCGCCGCUGUUACAAUCUGUGUAG